AGACUCAUAAAUGCGCUUCAAAGAAGAGCUGAGAUGUGGAGCCAAAACACAGAAAGAAGUGGAUUAAAAUGUUCCGAGCACCGGACGGGAGGUCACUAAAUGACCAGCUUCAACUUGGCCUGCAGAUGAGGAGCUGGACAUGGAUGACCUUAAUUCUGAUUUGCAGGCCUUGUUCACAGUUUUCCAGGCUGAAGACGUUCCUGGAGUAACUAGUGAGGAACUAGUAAGGAAAAUUUCAUCAGCCAUAAGCCGUUUAACAGAGUCUCCACACAGUGCUGGCAGUAAAGAUGCGGACUCAACCUGCCUGUGUCUCACUCUCAUUGGAAAAAUAAUCGCUGGGGCGUUUUCCGAACGUUUGCCGCAGGAUGUCAGGAUGCUUUACGAAGAUGUAACGAAGAGACUCUUUGGACCUGCUGAUCUGAUGUUGGAACUUGUUCCUCUGUUAAACUCCCAGGACCGGUUAUUGUCCCAUUUGACUGCAAAGUGUGUGUCGUCCUUUGUCGUUUAUGACCUCUGUACACAUGGUAACAUAAACCAUGUUUGGAUGUCCACCUGUGCUGAAACUUUUCAGAGAUCUGUUCCUGAUUGUAUGCUGGACACAUGCCUGUGGUCACUAACAGAAGUGAUUAAAGGAGUGCUGAGAGGAGAUUGUGCCAACAAACAAGAGACUUUGCAGAAACUUAUCGCUAGUUUCGAAACAGCUCUCGGUUCCUUGUAUUCAAAACUCCUCAUUCAAGACAAAUCUGAACAAACACAGGCAGCCAAGAAUGAUGUGGACACCAUCUUUUCUACGUUCAUGGACCUUCUGGAAGCUCUUGCUGCUGUGAGGCUCAGGAGCGGCGUCUGCUCCUCUGUUCAGAGAUUGAUGUUCCUGCACACCUCUGCUCUCCUCCAUCUGAUGGACUCCAGGUUGAAGUACUUUGUAAAGAAGCGAGUGUUGCUUUUACUGAAGCGGACAGUGGUCCAAAGGCCAGGAGAGGACUGGACUUUAGGUGGUCAGUCCGUGAUCCAGGGCGAUGAGUUGUGGGCCGGUGACAUGCUUGCGCUGGCUGAUUCAGUGCUGCAGGAGGUGGCGGCUGGUUGGCUUAGGCAGGUAUGCGUUAAACCUCAGCCGAGUUUCUUUGGUGGGAACAGGGAGACGUUUCCAGCCAAUGAGGGGAAAGACAUGGUGGUGCUGAGGGCCACGAGUCUCAUUCUGAUCAAGAGUCUGGAGACCAAAACAAAGCAUGCCGGUACUGAAGGAGCUGACCAUGUCGUUAAUGUCCAGCAGUAUAUGCUGGAGCUGCUGACCUUCCUGCAGGAGCAUGUGGGUCAGUUUAAAGGAGAAACUCACAGGUGCUCAUGGAUCUUACUGGUGUUCGGUGAACAGGACGACGACAUGAUGGAGUCGGCCAAAGCUUUGACCACCUUAUAUUUAUAUCAGAGAAGUUUGAGUUCCUUGGCCCCUGAGGCGUGUAGCUGGGGGUUUAACCCUCACUGUCACUUUAUACUGCUGCUCCAGAGUCUCUCCUUUGACCACACUGUUCUCCUGGACUUCCUCAUUUCUGCUGAAACCUGUUUCUUGGAGUACUGUGUUCUCUACCUGAAGCUUUUGCGAGACAACUGGCAGGACUUCUGUAAUUCCUGUAGUUGUAUUGAAGACUCUGUGAGAGUGAGAACCACUCAGGCUCUCCCAUCUGCCCCCAACACUCCUUCCGAGGGAACAUCAGGAACCUCUCACCCUCAGAUUGCUCCACAGUCUAGAACUUCUGAGAAAGACUCCACAGUCUGCUCUCUUCCGCGACUAGUGGAUUAUGGGAGCUCAGAGGAGUCUGAGGAGGAAGUAGGGAGUGUCUCGGAUCUCCAGACAAAGAGGAGCGAUGAGGAACUGGCAGACACCUGCAGUAGGACGGUAGUUGAUUUAGAGGAGAAAGUGAAAAUAGACUUCAGUAACUCUGUAGCCAGUAAGGUUAUGAUGUGCCUCACUGAGUUAAGGACUGUUAUCACCAAACUUCACAGCAGAGGCCUUUUCCCCUACAAUCCUACCUCACUUCUCAAAUUGCUGAUGGCUAUUGAGGCUAAGUGUCAUUCAUAAAGCCCAACCGCAAACCAACUGAUUGAUUUAAAGGGGAAUGCCACCAAUUAAAAAUCAUAAUAAUUCAUUUACAGAGGUGUAAACAAACACUGGGUUGUAGAGAAAUGUACAGACUCAUAUUUCUUUACAGUGGAGGUGAUCAUCUUACAUCUUAUGUCUUUUGAGUUUGAGUUUGAGACUCAUUUCAAAGCCUCUCCUCAAGGAAGCCCAGUAUUAUAUGUAAUUAAAAAGCAGCUCCUGGUUUGACCAAUCAGUGCUUCAGUAAAUUGUG